AUGGAGGCAAAAGAGGUCUCAGAGGCUGAAGACAGAGCUGAGGAUCCAGGUUCUGAAAAUAAAGGCCAGCCUGAUGCUGCUCAGCCUGAUUUCCCACCAGGAGGGCAGACCCCUGGCCCCACUGCCCUCUGGGAGAUGCUAGAAAGGAAGUUUCUGGAAUACCAGCAGUUGGCUCCCAGGAGCCCAGCUGAACAUCAGAAGAGCCUGUUGAAUCUUCUCCCACUAUUCCUAAAGGCCUGGGAACACUCCGUGGGGAUCAUCUGCUUUCCCAGUCUCCAAAGGCUGGCUGAAGAUGUUUCCAACCAACUUGCCCAAGAAAUACAGAAGGCACUGGUGGGAAAGCCUGCAGAGCAAGCACGGGUGGCAGCUGGGCAGUUGCUGUGGUGUAAGGGAGAUGCGGAUGCAGAGCAGGAUGGCCACCUGCUCCUGAAGUCAGUGUACGUGCUUACGGGGACAGAUUCGGAGACGCUGGGCAGAGUUGCUGAAUCGGGGCUCCUAGCCCUGCUCCUCCAGUGCCUUUACCUCUUCUUUGUCUUUCCUCUGGGAAAGAAAGAGCUUUUUGAGAGUGAUGUUCAAGUUCAGAGGAUGUUUGUGCAGAUGUUGCUCAACAUUUGCGGUGAGGCUCAGGGUCUGGAGGGACUUCUCUCUGGAAACGAGCUCCAGUCUCUUGUGAUUGCCACGACGUGUCUUCGGGAGCACAGCUGCUCUUUUUGGAAGGAGCCCACCUUCUGUGUGCUGAAGGCAAUCUCCAAGGCCCAAAACCUUAGCAUCAUCCAAUACCUGCAGGCCAUGGAUUGCAUCAAGAUCUCUCUCCAGAACCUCUCCAGGCUUGCAGACACUCUCCCUGCUCCCGAGGUGAGCGAGGCACUGAGCCUCGUCUUGGGCUUUGUGAAGGACUCCUACCCUGUCUCCUCUGCUCUGUUCCUGGAGUUUGAGAAUGGGGAGGGCUACCCUCUGCUACUCAAAGUGUUACUUCGGUAUGACGGGCUGACCCAGAGUGAAGCGGACCCCCACCUAGAGGAGCUCCUUGGGCUGGUGGUGUGGCUGACAACCUGUGGGAGGUCAGAGCUGAAGGUGUUCGACAGCAUCACUUACCCGCAGCUGGAAGGCUUCAAGUUCCAUCACGAGGCUUCUGGGGUGACCGUGAAGAAUCUUCAGGCCUUCCAAGUCCUGCAGAAUGUUUUCCACAAAGCCAGUGACCCUGUCCUCUGCACCAAAGUCCUGUCAUCCAUCAGGACCAUGUGGGCCUGGAACGCCCGCAACUUCUUCCUGCUGGAGUGGACCCUGCAGCCCAUCUCGCAGUUCGUGGAGAUCGUGCCCCUGAAGUCGACCCUGGUGCAGAUGCACUUCUUCCAGCUGCUGGAGGUCCUGGUGUUUGAGCUGCAUUACGUGCCCCAUGAGAUCCUGCGGAAGGUGCAGCGCCUGAUCCAGGAGAGCCCAGAGCCGCUUGUCACCCUCGUGGCCUUGAAAACUGUCCUCAGGAUUGCCGGCGGGGACCCGCUCUUCACUGACAUCUUCCGGGACUCGGGGCUCCUGGGCCUGCUGCUAGCCCAGCUACGGAAGCAGGCUAAGAUCCUGAGGAAGUCAGGAAACAAAGAGUCCAAUCCUGGAGUUCAGGAUACAGAAAGAGAACUGACUUGUGUGAUGCUGAGAACUGUGGUCACGCUUCUGAAAGGAUCGGUUCGGAAUGCAGUUGUCCUGAAAGACCACGGCAUGGUGCCCUUCAUCAAGAUCUUCCUGGACGAUGAGUGCUACCGGGGAGCCUCGCUCAGCAUCUUGGAGCAGCUCUCAGUCAUCAAUGCCGAGGAGUACAUGAGCAUCAUUGUGGGCGCUUUGUGCUCGUCCACUCAAGGGGAACUGCAGCUGAAACUGGAUCUCCUGAAGUCUCUGCUCCGGAUCCUGGAGACCCCCAAAGGCCGUGCUGCUUUCAGAGUCUCCAGUGGGUUCAAUGGGCUGCUGUUCCUGCUCUCUGACCUGGAGGGGUCUCUCCGGGAGCCCCCACUGCAGACCUGGAGGGCAGUGUCCCCCAGCCAGACCCUGGACCUGGUCCUGCACACCCUCUGUGCUGUGUCUGCAGCACUGUACCUGGACCCCGUCAACGGUGACUUCUUUAGGAGGACCGGGCUGUUUGAGAAGCUGGCAGAGGACCUCUGCUUGCUGGGCUGUUUCGGGGCCCUGCAGGAAGAGGGCGCUCCUCCGCACUCCUGGGAGGACACAAAGGCCAGGCCAUUUGCCGAUUUGAUGAGUGCGGCUUUUUCCUCUGCCAGCCCACUCCCACCCAAGAUACAGAGCUGCCUCCAGAUCCUCAGCUUCCUGGACAGCAUGGCCCGAGGCACCCUCCACCUGUGCAAGGACCUGAAGGACUCACCGAGGGCGAGGCAGGAGGCGGUUGUGGACUCUCAGAAGGGAGAAGCCGGCAGUGACCCCCAGGGAAACUUCAAGCAGUGGCCAGACCUGGAGGACAGUCUGUUUGAAGCUGUCUACCUGUUUGGCAGCUCCUGUGAGGAGGCCACAUCUGAGGGGCCCAGGACAGACGGGCUUUCCAAGGAGAUCCAGUGCUCCGUGGCCAGUCACAUCCAGUCCCUGGUGAAGUCGGAGAAGAACCGUCAGGUCAUGUGUGAGGCGGGCAUGCUCAGGACCCUUAUGACCUACUGCCACCAGGCGCUGACCACCAGCAGCAGCCCCUUGCACUCGGGGCUCAUCAGGAUUUUUGAAAAGCUUGCUUCCCAAGCCAUUGAACCAGACGUGUUAAGACAGUUUCUAGGUUUUGGAAUUGCUCCACCUCCAUCGGCUGCAGCGAAAAUCCUCAGUUCAUCUCACGUACGUGGAGGGAACUCUGGAUGCCCAGGGUCACAGGCAGUGACACCGGUGCCUGCUGAGGAUCCGCUGGACACCAGCCCUCGCUCCGCAGUCACACAGGCCCGCAGGCCCUCAGGGCCGUCCCAGGGCUCAACCACCGCCCUUCAGACAGCACUGAGCCUCAUCUCCAUGACCUCCCCUCGCAACCUGCAGCCUCAGAGGGCAGCCCUGGCUCCAUCCUUCGUGGAAUUUGACAUGUCUGUGGAAGGUUAUGGCUGUUUGUUUAUUCCAACCCUGUCUACGGUGAUGGGAACCAGCACUGAAUACUCGGUCUCUGGAGGGAUUGGGACAGGCGCUGCCAGGUCCUUCCCUCCGCCAGGGGGCCUGACCUUUUCCUGCUGGUUCCUGAUCAGCAGGCACAGCUCAGUCACGGAGGGCCACCCGCUGCGCUUCCUGACCGUGGUACGCCACCUGGCCAGGACCGAGCAGCCCUUCGUCUGCUUCUCCGUCAGCCUCUGCCCGGAAGACCUCUCCUUGGUUGUGUCUACAGAAGAGAAAGAGCUUCAGCCCCUGGAUGUCAUGGAACCCGAGGGUGACCCUGAGCCUUCUGCGGGACGCCAGCUUCGGGUCAGGUGUGGCCAGAUGCUGGCCUGUGCUCAGUGGCACCACCUGGCUGUGGUUGUCACCAAGGAGAUGAAAAGGAAUUGUACUGUUUCCACCUAUCUGGAUGGACAGGUCAUCGGCUCAGCCAAGAUGUUGUACAUUCAGGCCUUACCAGGACCAUUCCUUUCAAUGGAUCCAUCUUCAUUUGUGGAUGUUUAUGGAUAUAUUGCUACCCCUCAAGUUUGGAAACAAAAGUCAUUAUUAAUAUGGCGUCUGGGCCCUGCAUACCUCUUCGAAGAAGCCAUCUCAAUGGAAACUCUGGAAGUUAUUAACAAACUUGGCCCAAGAUACUGUGGUAACUUCCAAGCUGUGCAUGCUCAAGGAGAGGACCCUUGUAUGGAAGUGAUGCCCCUGGUUGCAGAGGAAAGGGUUUCCUUUGGCCUUCAUAUAGCCAGCUCCUCCAUCACCAGCGUUGCAGACAUCAGAAACGCAUACAAUGAGGUGGACAGUCGCCUGAUUGCCAAAGAGAUGAACAUUUCAUCCCGCAACAAUGUCACGCCUGUGUUCUUGCUAAGAAAUUGUGCUAGUCACCUCUCGGGCUCUCUUCGAACCAUUGGAGCCGUGGCCAUAGGCCAAUUAGGGGUAAGGGUGUUCCACUCCAGCCCUGCUGCCAGCAGCCUGGACUUCAUCGGUGGCCCUGCCAUCCUCCUGGGCCUCAUUUCCUUAGCAACAGAUGACCACACCUUGUAUGCGGCCGUGAAAGUCCUGCACUCGGUCCUGACCAGCAAUGUCAUGUGUGAUCGCCUGAUGCAGCUCAUCUGUGGGUACCAGAUAAUGGCGUUUCUCCUGAGGAAAAAGACCUCUUUCCUAAACCAUCGCAUUUUUCAGCUGAUCCUGUCUGUUGCCGGCACCGCAGAACUGGGCUUUGGGUCCUCUGCUAUCACCAACAUUGGUGUCUUCCAGCACAUCCUCUGCAAUUUCGAGCUCUGGAUGAAUGCUGCGGACAACUUGGAGUUCUCCCUCUUUUCCCAUCUUGUGGAAAUCCUUCAAUCACCAAGGGAAGGACCCCGGAAUGCUGAAGUCGCUCACCAGGCGCGGCUUAUUCCCAAGCUCAUCUUCCUCUUCAACGAGCCAGGCCUCGCCCCCUCCAAGAUACCCACCAUCAUUGCCAUCCUGGGCUGUCAGCUGAGGGGCCACUUCAGCCUCCAGGACUUGCACAGAAUCGGGCUGUUUGUUGUGUACACCCUCAAGCCUUCAUCGGUGAACGAGAGGCAGAUCUGCGUGGAUGGAGCCCCGGACCCCUCCGUGCCUGCUGGAAGUCAAACAUCUGGAAAGACAAUCUGGCUCAGAAACCAGUUGCUGGAGAUGCUGCUCAGUGUAAUAUCUUCUUCCCGACUUCAUCUGUCCUCUGAGACAAAGGAAGAGAUGUUUCUGAACCUGGGGCCCGAUUGGUUCCUGCUGUUCGUGCAGGGCCAUGUGCACCCCAGCACAGUGGUGCUGGGAUUGAAGCUGCUGCUGCACUUUUUGUCAAACCCCUCCCUCCGUGGGCGAUUUAAAGAUGGCCUGUCUGCGGGGUCCUGGGUGGAACGCAGCUCCGAGGGCGUGGACAUCAUGAUGGAUAACCUGAAGAGCCACCCUCCCACGCCUGACCAGAGCCCCUGCCUGCUUCCUGGGUUCCAAGUCUUGAGUGACUUUCUGGCCCACCAUGUUCAUAUUCCGGAAGUCUACCUCAUCGUGUCCACCUUCUUCCUACAAACACCACUUACAGAGCUGAUGGACGGGCCCAAAGACAGCCUGGAUGCCAUGCUUCAGUGGCUCUUGCAUAAACACCACAGGGAAGAAGUCCUCCGGGCUGGGCUGUGCACUGAAGGUGCCCUGCUGCUCCUGGAGAUGCUGAAAGCCACCAUGAGCCAGCCCUCGACAGGUUCUGGAGACAGCGCCUGGGAACAGACAUUCCCAGCCAGCGUGCUGCAGUUCCUUGGCCUCGUGCACAGCACCUACCCCCAGGAUCCGGCCUGGCGGGCCCCAGAGUUCCUCCAGACCUUGGCUGCAGUCACCUUCCCCCUGGGAACCCAUCAGGGGGCCGUGACAGAGGCUACCCAGGACACCAGCAGUCCUGAGGCCGAGCCUGAAGGCACCAGCACUGAGGAGGGGCUGCAGGCUCCCGUGGAGUCACAUCCCACCCGGAAGCAGCUGAGGGAAUUCAUGCAGCUACUCUUGAGGGAGCUCUUGCUUGGGGCUCCCAACCCCAAGCAGUGGCUGCCGCUGGAGGUGCUCCUGGAGGCUUCUCCAGACAAUGCCACCGGCCAACAGAAGCGAGACUUUCAAUCUGAGGUCUUGCUUUCCACCAUGGAAAUAUUUCACAUGAUGAGUGGAGGUCAGGCACCAAUGCCUAGAGAUGGAAAAGAGCCUCAGCCAAAUGCAGAAGCUGCUGCUGCUCCUUCACUUGCCAGCAUCUCCCACUUCAUCCAGAAGCUGGUGGAGAAGCUGUACAGUGGAAUGUUCUCAGCAGACCCCAGGCACAUCCUUCUCUUCAUCACGGAGCACAUAAUGCUGGUCAUCGAGAACGCCUCUUCUCAGAGAGACGCUGUCAUCGGUGCUCUAUACAGCAGUUUAAAUAAAGUCAUUCUUUAUUGCCUCUCCAAGCCCCAGCAGUCCCUCUCCGAAUGCCUCAGCCUUCUCAACAUCCUGGGAUUUCUUCAGGAACACUGGGACAUUAUCUUUGCCACCUAUAAUUCUAACGCCAGCUUCCUCAUGUGUCUCAUGCAUUGUCUUCUGCUGCUCAAUGCAAGAAGUUAUCCAGAAGGAUUUGGAUUGGAUCCCAAGCAUAGAAUGACUCCUUAUCAUCAAGUCUUUCUUUCUCCAAAUGAAGAAGUGAGAGAAAAAAGAGAAGACUUCCCAAGCUUGAGCAAUGUCCAGCACAACAUCCAAAAGACUGUGCAGGCUCUCUGGCAGCAGCUCGUGGCACAGAGACGGCAGGAGCUGGAGGAUAACUUCAAGAUUGAUCUUUCUGUGAAACCUGGAGAGAGUGAAGUGAAGAUUGAGGAGGUCACCCCACUCUGGGAAGAGACGAUGCUCAAGGCCUGGCAGCAUUACCUAGCAUCUGAAAAGAAGUCACUGGCCAGUCGCUCAAGUGUCGGACACCACAGCAAAGUCCCUUCGUGGAGUGGAAGCUUGUCCUCAGCCAUGAGGCUGAUGCCCGGGCGGCAGACCAAGAACCCUGAGUGCAAAGCAGAGGACUUCGUGUCAUGUAUCGAGAACUACAGACGAAAAGGACAGGAACUAUAUGCAUCUCUAUACAAAGAUCAUGUACAGAGGCGGAGAUGUGGCAAAAUCAAGGCAGCCAACGACUGGGCCAGGAUCCAGGAGCAGCUUUUCGGGGAGCUGGGCUUGUGGCGUCAGAUGGCAGAAGCCACACCCUGCUCCCGGUGGGAACUGGACUGGAGAGAAGGACCAGCUCGCAUGAGGAAACGUAUCAGACGCUUGUCUCCGCUGGAGGCCCUGAGUCGAGAAAGGCUCAAGGAAAGUCAGGACAGAAAUGGUGAUAUUUCUCAGUUAAAUGCUGAAAACCAAGAUGGAGUGACACCACAGGAAGCUGAGAGCGAGAGAGAUGAGGCAGUAGGCUGCACCCAGCUGACCUUCUUCCCCGCCUUACACGAAAGCCUGCACUCUGAAGAUUUCUUGGAACUGUGUCGGGAGAGACAAGUCAUUUUACAAGAGCUUCUUGAUCAUGAAAAGGUGACACAGAAGUACUCCCUGGUCAUCGUGCAGGGUCACCUGGUCUGCGAAGGGCUCCUGCUCUUUGGCCAGCAGCACUUCUACAUCUGCGAGAACUUCACACUCUCUCCCGUGGGUGAUGUCUACUGCACCCGCCACUGCUUAUCCAACAUUAGCGAUCCAUUCAUCUUCAACAUGUGCAGCAAAGACAGGUCCUCCGACCAUUACUCAUGCCAGCGCCACAGCUACGGUGACCUCAGGGAGCUCCGGCAGGCACGCUUCCUCCUGCAGGACAUUGCCCUGGAGAUCUUUUUCCGAAACGGAUAUUCCAAGUUUCUUGUCUUCCACAACAGUGAUCGGAGUAAGGUCUUCAAAAGCUUCUGCUUUUUCCAACCUGGCUUGAAAGGAAAAGGCUUCACGGAGGACCCGCUCAACCUAAGGAGAUACCCCGGCUCCGACAGGACCAUGCUGCAGAAAUGGCAGAAAAGGGACAUGAGCAAUUUCGAGUAUCUCAUGCACCUCAACACCCUGGCCGGGAGGACCUACAACGACUACAUGCAGUAUCCAGUGUUUCCCUGGGUCCUGGCUGACUAUACCUCGCAGACAUUGAACUUGAUGAAUCCCAAGACUUUCCGGGAUCUUUCGAAGCCCAUGGGGGCUCAGACCAAGGAAAGGAAGCUGAAAUUCAUCCAGAGGUUUAAAGAAGUUGAGAAGACUGAAGGAGACAUGACCGUCCAGUGCCACUACUGCACUCACUACUCCUCGGCCAUCAUUGUUGCCUCCUACCUGGUCCGGAUGCCUCCCUUCACCCAGGCCUUCUGCUCUCUGCAGGGUGGAAGCUUUGAUGUGGCGGAUAGAAUGUUCCACAGCAUGAAGAAAGCAUGGGAGUCAGCCUCCAGGGAGAACAUGAGUGACGUCAGGGAGCUGACCCCGGAGUUCUUCUACCUGCCCGAGUUUCUGACCAACUGCAACGCCGUGGAGUUUGGCUGCAUGCAGGACGGCACAGCACUGGGGGACGUGCAACUCCCUCCCUGGGCUGACGGGGACCCACGGAAAUUCAUCAGCCUGCAUAGACAAGCUUUGGAAAGUGACUUUGUCAGUGCCAACCUGCACCACUGGAUAGACCUCAUCUUUGGGUACAAGCAGCAAGGGUCAGCCGCAGUGGAGGCUGUUAAUAUCUUCCACCCCUACUUCUACGGUGACAAAAUGGACCUCAGCAGCGUCAGUGACCCCCUGAUCAGAAGCACCAUCCUGGGGUUCAUCAGCAACUUUGGACAGGUGCCCAAACAGCUCUUUACUAAACCCCACCCGGCCAGGACCACUGCAGGGAAGGCUUCCCCUGGAAAGGACGCCUCCACACCUGUGAGCGUGCCCGGUCACCCACAGCCCUUUCUCUACAGCCUGCCAUCGCUGAGACCCUCCCAGGUCACAGUCAAAGAUAUGUACCUUUUCUCUCUAGGCUCGGAAUCCCCCAAAGGAGCCAUCGGCCACAUUGUUCCUACGGAGAAGACCAUCCUGGCCGUGGAGACGAACAAGAUGCUGCUGCCUCCUCACUGGAGCAGGACCUUCAGCUGGGGCUUUGACGACUUCAGCUGCUGCCUGGGCAGCUACGGCUCUGACAAGAUCCUGAUGACGUUCGAGAACUUGGCCCCCUGGGGCCGCUGUCUGUGUGCCGUGUGCCCGUCCCCCACGACCAUCGUCACCUCUGGGACCAGCGCCGUGGUGUGUGUGUGGGAACUCAGCAUGGCCAAAGGUCGCACCACAGGCCUGCACCUCAAGCAGGCCUUGUAUGGACACACACAGGCUGUCACAUGCCUGGCAGCAUCGGUAACCUUCAGCCUCCUGGUGAGUGGCUCCCAAGACUGCUCAUGUAUCCUGUGGGACCUGGACCACCUCAGCCGUGUAGCCUGCCUGCCCACCCACAGGGAGAGCAUAUCUGCCGUUGCCAUCAGCGAUGUGUCGGGCACCAUCGUCUCCUGUGCGGGAGCCCACUUGUCGCUGUGGAGUGUCAACGGACAACCCUUGGCCAGCAUUACCACGGCCUGGGGCCCAGGAGGAGUCAUAACCUGCUGCUGCGUGAUGGACGGGCCAGCAUGGGACACGAGCCAUGCCAUCAUCACAGGGAGUCAGGAUGGCGUGGUCCGGAUCUGGAAGACCGAGGAGCUGAAGAUGUCUGUUCCCGAGCAGGCAGCGCCAGAGGGGCCCUGGGCUCCACCUCCAAGCCCCAGAGGUCACAGGUGGGAGAAGAAUCUUGCCCUCUGCAGAGAGCUGGAUGUCAGCGUUGCCUUGACAGGGAAGCCCAGCAAGGCCAGCUCUGCGGUGACAGCUCUGGCUGUGUCCAGAAACCAGACCAAACUCCUGGUCGGCGAUGAGAGGGGGAGAAUAUUCUGCUGGUCCGCAGAGGGUUAGGAGGCGAGAGCUGGUGGAGGCGCUGGCAUGGCAGCCGUGUGCCCUGAGGGACAGCAACACCAAGCAGAAGGCGCAGACUCAGUGCCAGGGGCGCCAAGGAAACCCCCAGCCUGCCUUCCGAAAGGUCCCCAAGGAUGUGGCCGCUGGCCGCUAGAGCUACACACCCUGAACUUUGGCCUUGGAUUGCACAGGGAUGCACUUCUACAAAACAGAUACACGCGCCCAUCGGGGCCCGUGAGCAGAGCACUGGAAAGCGUGGCGCGAGGGUGCCAACCGGCGCACGAAAUCACACGUGACUCACUUUUCAUAGGGCUUACUGCACUGGAAAAACACUGGGCCGCUUACUGGAAACU